AUGGAGCAGACCAAGGCCCUCAAUGCUCUCGAGCCCUUUCUCGCCCUGAGCAAGUCAGCCACGUCCCCACGAGCCGCAUCUGACUUGAUUGUGCAAGCCACGAGCGCGCCCAACACAUACGUCUUCGCCGAGCUGCUGCAGACGCCGAAUAUCCAGAACCUGAGGGCUUCCGAAGAGCACGCCCCGUAUCUGGCGCUGCUCGAGAUCUUUGCCUGGGGGACCUGGGCCGACUACAAGGCAGCACAAGCCAAUCUCCCCAAACUCUCUGCCCAGCAGCACCAGAAGCUCUUGCUUCUGUCGUUGCUGCCGCUGUCGCACUCGCAUGCAACCCUGACGUACAAGCACCUUAUGACGGCGCUGGAGCUGCCGACGCCCCGCGCUCUCGAGGAACUCAUCACCACCGCCAUCUACUCGGGCCUCAUCACAGCGACGCUCGACCCCGCCCAUUCGCUCGUCUCGGUCACGUCGAUAUCGCCGCUCCGCGAUCUCUCGCCCGGCUCUCUGCCUGCCCUCCAGAAUACCCUGCAGUCAUGGUCGCAGCGGUGCGACUCGGCACUCGCUGAUCUCGAGGCGCAAGUUGCAAAGGUCAGGCAGGAGGCGGUGGACCGGGAAAAGCUGCGGAGGAAGAAGGAGCGGGGGUUUGAAGCCGCCAUGCAAGCUACUGACGACAAGAACACGGGCAAGCGGAAUCUCAUGGGCGACGAUGCUAUGGACAUUGACGACGAGGGUGGUAGCGGCCGAGUAACGAGGAGCAGCAAGAGGGGGGCUGGGGGAUUUGGGUUUGGUAAUUUGGGACGGCGGUAG